UUUAUCAUCUUUUAAAUAUAAAUUAAGGAAAAAUACUACACAAUGGCUGCAACAAUGCCAAUAAAUCCAAAACCAUUUCUAAAUGGUUUAACUGGAAAACCAGUUAUGGUAAAAUUAAAAUGGGGUCAUGAAUAUAAAGGUUAUCUUGUCUCCGUCGAUGGAUAUAUGAACUUACAAUUAGCUAAUACAGAGGAACAUAUAGAAGGAAAUUGUACUGGCAACCUUGGUGAAGUCUUAAUCAGAUGUAAUAAUGUAAUGUAUAUAAGAGGUGUGGAAGAGGAAGAUGAGGAAGGAGAAAUGAAAGACUAGUUCCCAUAAUGUUUAUAAAUCAAUUUAGGAUAAUACUUUUUAUUUUUAAGAUUAAGAUUACGUAAGACUAAAAAAUAAUAAUAAAGCAAAUUGUUUUUUAAAACUAUGUAAAUUUAUUUAUCAGCAACAAUACACUCAUAUUUAUAUCACAA